UCAACCACCAGUUCUAUCCUGCCUUCCGGCCUUCUCAAUUUCAAUCCAUUCAAUAUGAUGUUCCUCAAGCCUGUGAUUCUAUUCGGCCUUGUUGCCAGUGUCUGCGCCACUCCUGUUCCGCAAGACUCCAGCACCGACCUCGCCAAGCGCCUCGCUGAGGUCGAGGAGAAAGUCAACAGCCUCGUAGCCAAGAAACAAGAGGUCGAGAUCGACUUUACUCCUACUUACAACCUCCUCGAAACCCGAGCCACGAUCAAGGACACCAAAUGCCCCGACAACGGCAAGACGUACACUGCGAAGCAGAUCUCUGACGCCGUAAAGGCGGAGAACGCCAAAGCAAAUCCCGGCAAGUAUGGAAACAAUGAAGGUGGCAAGAAACUCUUCGACACCAAUGAUCAAUUGUACAAGGCUAGCCUCGACAACGUCGCACGCGCGGUCUUCAGCCGUAAAGAUGGCAAAUAUACUUACAGGGGUCUCAUGGAGCACGACAAGGGUACCGGAGAUGGCUUCCAUAAAUGUUAGAACUCAGCAAAGGACUGCUAGUACGUAAACCAUCAUGUAUAUACAUGUGUCGACAAUCAGCCAAAAGUAUGUCUUGAGCAGCUGCAACAGUUUGGGACUUGGGUGCUUCUGGAAUGGUACCUUUUGAUAAAUAGUUGCAUGUAUAUCUUUACAUGAAGCUAGGUGACAUACUCUCUUUAAGGAGGAAAUUGACAUCGGGUACUCUACAUAGCAACACAAUGGUGAACAGAUAUUGGCUCAG